AUGGUUAAAAAACCUGCUCAGCUCGAAGCAGAUGCGAGAGCUCGGCUGCAGGAGAAUGAGGGAAGCAAUAGAGGGUUAUCGGAAUCUAACACACAGCAGGACCGCACCAGCGAUGAAAGGACUGGUAAUCUUUGCCCUAUCAGGAGAAGCCACGAGGGCGCUGCAGCUUCUGCAACUGGGCAAGCUGUUCCCAUGGCGUCGUCGUCGGUACCAAACGGCAUCAACGCUUCACGCAUUCAAGAUGUGCUUCCUGAAAAUGUCACUCUCUGUGAUGCCCGCAAUGUUAUGGAAGGCCUGUGCCUACAGCAACGCGAACUCGGACGAGGGACCUACGGCAUCGUCGUCCCAGGUACCUAUCGCGGUGUCAACUGUGCUGUCAAGAUCAUGCUUUCCAGAGGUUUGGAAAAGGCCGCCAUCCGCGAGGUUCUGCUAAGUCCGAGACUCGUCCACCCAAACACCGUCCUGACGUACGCCACCCGUUGUGCACAUCUUACGCACGAAUUUUUUGAUCUUCUGGAGGGCGAAAGGGAUGCCAACCGUGACCCUCGUCUGCCACGAGCCCUAGAACCCGUCCCGCUGAGGUCAGAGGAUGGUUUCGGAGACCCUACGGGAUUACAUGACGGGUCCGACCCGCUGUUCGUGCUGCACCAAGUCCUGCACACGCUUGGGGCCGAAACCGGUAAAACCGUGGUGAUCAUCAUCCAGGAGCAUUGCGAUCGCGGUACGUUGGACAACGCCAUCCGCAGGAAUAUAUUUCGACCUACAUCGCAGUGGGGUCUGAGGCUGGCACGGCGCGCACUGCUGCGCACCGCCGCGGAGAUCGCACGUGGGUUAUUGCACCUCCACGACUGCGGGGUCGUUCACGGGGACUUCAAGCCCGCCAACGUGCUGCUGAACUCGUCUCGGGAAGACAGGCGCGGCUUCGUGGUCAAGGUCGCGGACUUUGGACUGGCGCACGUGCUACCCAUCACCGCCGACAGCCUGUUCACGGACAGCUGGGGCUCCAUCGCCUACAUGGCCCCGGAGGCAUUUGGCGGAAAAGUCAGCCGUGCAACUGAUGUCUGGGCCUUUGGUGUGGUGCUCUGGGAGAUGCUGACGGCGCAGCGACCGUUUGCAGGCUGCCGCCAACCGCAUGCUGUUCGCAGCUGCUAA